GCACGAAGUGGUCAGUGGUUGGGUGGUUUUGUUUCCAGUACCAAGUAUAGUGGUGCAUAAAGGCAGCAGGUCGCACAGCCGACCUGAGAGUCCCACGGUGGUGGUGCGAGGAGGUAUGCCCACGUUGCCGCCCUCCAGGCAAGGCUUCGCCGCGAGUGGCUCGAACGCUUUGUAUCGGAACAGCACGGAUAUGUUAGACGGGAAUGCCAAUCCGAGUGUCGCCUCCUCUCCCACUUCGAACUCGCACCAUCGUGGCACACCCUCCUGCCCUCCCGCCGACAAAUCGGACACGGAGAACAAAAACUUUCGCAACAGGACGAGCACGAAAGUGAAGUUGCUGGUGAGGAGUCAUGCUAUGAGAGAGUCCACGUCUCCCCCUAGGGAGGCGCACAACAACAACAACAACAACAACAACAACAACAACGGUUCGUCAUCGUCCCCGCACAGCCCGCAAUCGGUCGACGGCGAGAAGAAGUUCGUCUCAGGGAACCUGUCUCCCGCUAACGCGAAGCUGAAUAACAACGAGCCGAUGUUCAACAGCAAUCUUUGCCCGAAUCAGUCCCCGAAGCAAAUGCGUAACACGGCCACCUCGCCCACCUACCGAACUCCGUCACGAAAUGGUAAACACGCUUGCCCUUCCCCUUUCAACACGUUCGUCGGCCAGCGUGAUUUCGUUGAGUUCCUCGCGAAUGUUACUGUUACUGGAAGUACUGGCCGUGAGAAC